GAGGCGCAGCUGAUUGUAGGGGCUUUUGGCCCUCCUUGAUUUUGGCAGGCGCUUGUCCUUGUGGAAAGUCGGACUUAUUUGGAAAAGAGGGAGUUGCCAGGCGGAAGAGAACACUUGGCUUAACAUUACAGUAGCCUACUUGAACUUUAAAAUCCGAAGCUCUCGCUGUAAGUUUACUGUAGGCAUGUGUUAAAAGUACAGUAUAACUAGCCUAUCUAAAACCGAGCUGACAAGACAAGGAAUUUGUUGACGGGAAGUUAGCCUAUCAGCAUAAUAGCCAUCCCUCAGGAAAGCGCUGGAGUGCUGUCAUUGCGUCAGCGCACUUUUCCCCUCGCAAUUGCUGGGCCUACUUCUGGAGGACUAGAGCGGACAUCACUGGACCUCACAUCACCUCUCUAACACCGUCCGUCUCCACAGCAUAUGUUUGGCUCUCCACCUCUAUCCGGCAGACAGUAAGGCUUCUGACCUGCAAUUUCUGUGACAGACAUUGCGGCGUCCCCAGUAUAGCCAGCUGAAGCGUCCCUCCCAGUGUGUACUUGUGAGGAGGAUGGAGACGAACCCCAUUCCCGUGGUAACGGUCCAAACGAGCCCGUUCGAUGACCAGCGGCCCGGUACCAACGGGCUGCGGCGGAAGACGGAGGUGUUCGAGGGCAAGAAGAACUACCUGCAGAACUACAUCCAGAGCUUACUGUCGUCCAUCGACCUGAGGGACCGCCAGGGAUGUACCAUGGUGGUGGGCAGCGACGGACGCUACUUCAGCCGAGCAGCCACCGAGGUUAUUGUGCAGAUGGCCGCCGCCAACGGGAUUGGCCGUCUGGUGAUUGGCCACAAUGGCCUCCUGUCCACCCCUGCUGUGUCCUGCAUCAUCAGGAAGAUCAAGGCCAUUGGUGGAAUCAUCCUGACAGCCAGUCACAACCCAGGAGGCCCCGGAGGAGACUUUGGGGUCAAAUUCAACGUGGCCAAUGGAGGCCCGUCUCCGGACACAGUGAUGGAGAAGAUUGCCCAGGUGAGCAGGACCCUGGAGGAGUACACCAUCUGUCCUGACCUCCGCAUUGACCUGGCCAGACUGGGACGCCACGACUUUGACCUGGAGAACAAGUUCAAACCCUUCAGAGUUGAGAUAGUGGACUCAGUGGAUGUCUACCUCAACAUGCUGAGAACCAUCUUUGACUUCAGCGCCAUCAAGAGCCUUCUGACAGGACCUGAACAGCUGAAGAUACGCGUAGACGCCAUGAAUGGAGUGAUGGGUCCGUAUGUGCGGCGUAUUCUGUGUGAUGAGCUGGGGGCUCCUGCCAACGCUGCCGUCAACUGUGUCCCCCUGGAGGACUUUGGGGGCCGGCCUCCAGAGCCCAGCCUCACAUAUGCAGCCCCAUUGGUCGAUGCCAUGAAGGGUGGAGACUUUGGUUUCGGAGCUGCGCUCGAUGCAGACGGGGACCGGUAUAUGAUCUUGGGUGAGAAUGGUUUCUUUGUGAACCCGUCAGACUCCUUGGCUGUCAUGGCUGCAAACCUCUCCUGCAUCCCCUACUUCAGACAGCUGGGGCUUAGGGGCUUCGCUAGGAGUAUGGCAACCAGCACUGCCCUAGACAGGGUGGCCAAAGCCCUGAAGGUGACGCUGUAUGAGACUCCUACAGGCUGGAGGUUCUUUGGGAACCUGAUGGACUCUGGGAGCUGCUCGCUCUGUGGAGAGGAGAGCUUCGGGACAAGUUCAGACCACAUCCGUGAGAAGGAUGGUCUGUGGUCGGUGCUGGUGUGGCUGUCCAUCAUGGCUGUCAGGAAACAGGGCGUGGAGGAAAUCGUCAAGGACCACUGGGCCAAGCUCGGACGCAACUACUUCUGCAGGUUUGACUAUGAAGGCGUGGACCCCAGAGCUGCAUUCUACCUGAUGAGAGACUUGGAGGGGGUGAUCACAGACAAGGCCUUUCUAACCCAGAAGUUUGCUGUGGGGACUAAUGUCUACUGUGUGGAGCGGGCUGAUAACUUUGAGUACAUCGACCCUGUGGACGGAACCGUGGUCCGCAACCAGGGUCUACGGAUCGUCUUCACAGAUGCAUCCCGUCUGGUCUUCCGUCUGAGUGGGAGUGGGGGAGGGGCCGGGGCCACAGUCCGGAUCUACGCAGAGAGCUACGAGAGAGACCCUGAGAGACAUAACAGAGAAACUCAGGCGGUGCUGGGUCCCCUCAUCGCCAUUGCCCUGAAGAUCUCUGACAUCCACGAGAGGACAGGACACCGCGGCCCCACCGUCAUCACCUGAGCUCUGCUCCACUGCCCACACACACAUACCACCUGAGUGCUCCCCCCACAAACACACACACACCACCUGAGUGCUCCCCCCACAAACACACACAAACAUCUAUGGCCAAGUCCCUAAGGCCACACCAUCCUGCUUGUUGCCACACCUGGGGCCAAUAGUAAGCAAGAGCUACAUGUAUUCUCUCUCUCUCUCUCUCUCUCUCUCUCUCUCUCUCUCUCGCUCUCUCUCUCGCUCGCUCUCUCUCUCUCUCUCGCUCUCUCUCUCUCUCUCUCUCUCUCUCUCUCUCUCUCUCAGAAUGUAAGAUAUUAUGUAGUCUGCAAAGAAAAGAAGCAAACUGUUUCUUUCAGCGGUUGAUAAACAACAUUUGUUCAUAUAAGG